ACUUUUGAGGUACUGGUGCUAGUUUGACUUCGUCGGUCGACAAAUGGAGGAUGUACUGUUAGCUCCGGUGACGGGUUUGUUGGAUUUAGGAGGCUGUCCUUGUUAAAAUCCGGUUUCGUGUAAUCCUCGCUGAGGUUUUCGACGCUGUCGGUGAUUUUGCCAUACACUUCCGAGGCUGCCGUGGCCGUUCUUGGAAACGACCCUGGCCACGGUGGCAAGAGGCCGAGAGAUGAGAGUGAAGAGGAAAUCCACAAAGUCCUAACCAGACUCUGCAUACACAAAUUUAUGGCUCUUUUUAUUAAUUAGGAGCCUUAAAGACUUAAAGUUACCUUGCUGGGGGAGGUGGUCGCCAUCGAAGCUAAGCUAGCGCAGUAAAAAUGGGGAUUGAUGCACUGCGUUUUGAAGUGUUUGAAAAGUUUUGUAGAUAAAUAUAUAUGUAUAGCCCAUUUUUGAAUAACCGUUGGAAGAUUAGUUCUUUUCUGUCAUCAUUAUCUUAUAUUGUUGUUGCUUCCUCAAAUUACUCGCUAAUAAGUUGUUGAUAAUUGUCGUUUGGUUUGUUGCUUAUGUUCCACAACAUUGAGUUAUCUUCAUUAGUUAGUUCAGUCAAUUAAAGAACUUGUGGCCAAGUCCUUAAGAUAAGCCAAGUGAUAAGGGAAGGUGGAAAAUUUGGAAAAUUAUAUUUGAUAAGAAUUCGGCUAGGGUUCGAUCUCCUCCCACAAAAAAAAAUAAAAAAAAUAAAAAUAAAUAAUUGGCUAAUAUAACGAGUCAGAAACCACACUUUCAAUUUGAGUGAAGAAUACAGGUACGUAGUUGGAGAGGAUCGAUGAGGCUGCUUCCAUUCAAUUUAACCUCAGCUUAGCUAGUGUACACGCAUAUACUUGCAGCGAAAAGCAGUAUUCAUCAUGUCCACAUUCAUAAAUGUACAAAGAGAAACCGAGAUCUUCCUGAAGCUUACAAUUGACCGAGAGAACAGAAAGGUAUUGUUUGCAGAAGCAAACAAGGAUUUUGUUGACAAUCUGGUGGGAUUCAUGAUUUUCCCUACCUCUGCCAUGAUCACGCUUAACCCUGAACCUUUUGGAAAGCUAAACAAUGUCAAGAAGAGCAUUGAGAACAUGACCGAGUAUUACAAUCCAAUGAAGGCUUCUCUCCUGAAUACAAAGCCACCAGCUCACUGCAAUCGGCACGAGCAUGCCCUGCAUCCCCUUGAUCCCUCAUCACUUAAGAAGAUGCCCUUUUAUGUAUGUGAAGAGUGUAUUACUACCCGAGGUAAGCCAUACUAUGUGGCCGUCGACGAUCCCGCAGUCUUGUGUCCUACUUGUAACCAUGCCAUGACUCAGGGUGCAAGUUAUUGUGGUACACCUAUUGAAAUCGCCAAUGAAGGGGGAGGUUUUGUUCGACAGCUAGCGAAAUACAUCAUUACUGAUGAUUUGAAUAUUCACCCUCUUCUCACGGCUUCUCUCACCACAAACAUAAUUCGUGGAGCUAAACCUCAGCAUGUUGAAGAGGUUACCGUGAACGUUUCUCAUAAGAAGUUGGUGAUGCUGGAGUUGUUAAAAAAGGCUAUGCAAAACUGCGACACGGUGUUGUCGGAUGUAUUUUUCGCUGAUGGAUGGAUUGCUUGAGGAGAAUCAAGCAUUGUUUUGAUAUUCGUGACUAUGGUCAUUUGAUCCAACCCUCUUCUGUUGUGUAGGAUGUUGAUGAUAAUUAAUCAGGACUGAUGGUAAUAGGACAGGGCAGGAAGAUUGUGAUAACCUUUUCAUUUAUAUAGUUACUUUGGAUCUUGCUUUUAUAAUUUUAUUAUGCUUUAUUUGGUUUGUAAUGAUGACUAUU